AUGGGUGACAAAGGGAUGGAACAAUUACUAGAGCGGCUAGUUUCGAUGCUUGCAGAUCGCCAAUCGCCUCAGGCCGCUCCUGACAGUACGCCGUCAAUUGACGGCCCCACCAACAGUAUCUCGGAGUUCUCCUGCGAUCCGGAGAAUGGCAUAACGUUCAAGUCCUGCAAAUAUCUGGGUUUUAUCUUUAACGACUCUGGCCGGCAUCCGGAUUCUGAGAAUAUCCGCGCUAUUCAACAAAUGCCGACUCCCAAAGAUGUUCCCUCACUGCGCUCCUUCCUGGGACUAAUCAGCUAUUACUCGGCUUUUCUACCUUCCAUACACGAUGUCCGACCAUCACUGAAUCACUUGCUGCGAAAGGACGUUCCUUGGGUUUGGUCCAACGAGUGCGAGGCGGCCUUCUGUCAACACAAGUCAAUGCUCAGUUCGGACCUGCUGCUGACCCAUUAUGAUCCAAGUCUACCAAUUGUUGCUGCAGCUUACGCCUCCGCCAAGGGCACUGGAGCCGUCAUCGUCCACGUCUUUCUUGACGGCACAGAAAAUGCCAUAAUCCACGCCUCCAGGUCGCCAACAAAGACAGAACAGCGUCACAGACAGAUUGAGAAUAAUGCUAUUGCUUUGAUUUUUGCCAUCCGCCGUUUCCACAAACCUCAUUUGUAG